AUGGCUGGAUUCCUUAUGAAACAAAUGGUGGGCAACCAGCUCAAUGAAGUGACUGGUGGCCUCGGUCUCAAAGGUGGAGACGAUAAUGCGGAGAAGACAGCCGAAGGAGAAGACCCAGAGGUCGUAGCGGCACGUCUCGAGGAACAGGAGCGCCGCAAAGAGAGACAUAGAAAGAUGGAAGCAGAAAGAGAGAAAAUGCGUCAAGGCAUUCGUGACAAGUACAAGAUUCAUAAGAAGGAGGAGGGUGCUGGAGCCGCAAUGGAUUUCACCGAAGGGCGCAUCGGUGCACCGAGAAAGACGCCUGAAGAACUGGCAGCAGCGAUGAACGCUGAGGAUGAUAGCAUCAUUGGACAACUCGGUCUAACUGAACAAGUGGAAAAGGCGAAGACGCUGGCCACCGGCGCUUUUGAAACCGUCAAGGGUUUCUUGCCGUACUGGUCGGUGAUGACCGGUGAGAGUGCGGCAGCGCCGGCAGUGAAGGCGGUGGCAACAACGGCUGCAGUAGAUGAGAAGUCAAAGUUCGCAGUGCCCGACUGGGCAACUAGACCACCACCUGGCUCACACUUGGAUGUUUGCAAAGGAGAACAGUUGAUACAGAAGCUAAUGGUAGACGAAAAGCGAGCAUACUAUUUCGGUCGGAAUCCCAAGCAGGUCGAUUUUGCUGGUCAUGGAACGUUUUUGGGAAACAUACGUCUUGAACCUCUGAAAGUGGUGUUCGUUGAUAUUGGCGUGCCGUUUCAUUUUGGAGCGUCAACGAGGAGGUACACCCUUCGAUUAAAGCUGGUGCAGAAUAAAGAGACUGAAGACGAGGAAAAAGAGAAAAUGCCCAGUGAGCAGGAAUUGGAGAAUGUUACCGAAUACAACACGGCUUUAAAUCGACGAAUUCCACAGUUACCAAUAUCAGUAGAAGAGGCUCGACGAAAAAAGCGACCUCGUGGAAAUGUGGCUUUCAUCGAACAAGAGGAGAUAAUUAAUCCAGAAGACAUUGAUCCGAGCAUUGGACGUUUCCGAAACCUUGUCGCUACUGCCAUUAUUUCUAACAAUCCUGCUAAACGUACUGCUCCGGAAGUGAAGGGGCAUGAACCGCCUCGAAAGAUUGUUCGACCGUUCCGUGAUGUGUCCUUAGCAGCGCCAAUGUGCUCGACGCUAGGCGGAAUGGCUUUGAACGCAGCUCCUGAUUUGGAACUCUACAGCAAGACACUACCGGAACCCGGCAUGCAUAAUAUACAUCCCCACGUUGUGACUGUGGAUAGUGACGAACCGCACAAGAAGAAAUACGCAAAGGAGUCGUGGCCGGGGCGAAAACCGAUGUCAGGCAUUUUGUAG